UUCGCUCUGGUCAGUGUGACCGAAGCCAUCUUCUUCAAAUCAAACGAGAGUCGGAGCAGGUGUGUCCCAGUUUAACCAUUAAUCCCACGUUCCUCUCAACAGGGCCUUUUUUUAUGCUGAGAUCUUCAGUCCUCUGAUCACUCCAGUCGCACUCAUUGGCUUGGCUUCUUCUCGUCUCAGGAGGAUGUUGGAAAAGCUCGGCUUCUUGUUAUUUUUGUGGACUGCUUUGGCAGACCCUCUCUGUGAACCAGGCGCUUCAAAUGCAUACAAAGUCCGACUCAGCAUCAAAACAGCUCUGGGAGACGACGCUUACACCUGGAACCAGCAUGAGAGGUACUUCUUCCGCUCGACGAUCGCAUUUGCCAUGAGGAAACACUUUCCUGAACGGCUCUUCCAAGAGUCCAACGUGGUCAUCUGUGAUGAGACACCCAGAGUCUCCUUCUGGUUUGUGGUGACAUCACCGGACGACACUACCCAACUGGUCCAAAAAUCCCACUUGGAGACCGCGCUCAGAAAAUCCAGACAGCGCAUCAACAGCGCUUUCCUGCUGGAUGAUUAUACUCUGGAGUUCAUUGGCAUCUCGCCCACUCUUGCACCACCAGUCACCCACGACACCCCUCCAUGGCUCAUAGUUUUUGGGGUGGUCAUGGGACUCGUUGUGGUUGGAAUCGUUGUGUUGCUGGUGGGCUCGCACAUUCAGAAGACACGGAAGAAGACAGAGAAACCCAGCAUUGAAGAAUAUCCUGGAGAAACCAGACAAAGAAGAAUGGAAAACGGGAACAAUGGUGUUUACAACGUGUCAUUCUUAGAUGAAGAAGGAAACACACACAUGUGAUGUUUCUGCUUCUACUCCGCUUCAAUUGUUCCUCCUUUUCUUUUGCCUUUCAACUCUUGUAUGUACUGUAUAUUCUGGUGAACUCCCUCCUUCAUGAUCAUACAUAAUGAUCGAGGUAUUUUCUGCUAAAACAAUAUUCCACGGGACGUAGAAGACCUUGGCAUCAUUUAUAUUUAAUCCUGUGAAUGCCAACCUCUCCAUCAUUUCUGCUUGUUUAUUGUAUCUAACCUGCAUUCAACCAACACAGAAAUGAUUUGAGACAAUCUGAUGUUUUACAUAAUUCAAGUGACAGCAGCGUGCUGUCACAGGAGGCAGGCGAGGAGAUGCUGCUGCUUUCAUCUUGGAAAACUGUGACAGUGAAAACCCCCCAUUAAAGCCAGCGACGUUCGAGCAGCUGCUGGGAUUUAAAGAAAAAAAAAUUACUAUUCUUUGUGUUUAAUUAAACAGCGGUCAGGCUCAUUACUGCCACGAGGGAUGUUUCUGGACACAAUUAUAGACAUUAUUGUGAGACCUCUUCCACACAAGUCGUGACUCAAGAGCCGCACGAGGCGACAAUCGUAUAAUUGUGUUCAAGCAAUCAGGCGUCAACAUAUGCGCUGAGCUUAGGACACAUUUAUAAUCCGGGGUGGAAGUCGGCGUCUUCAUACUCCUCUGCAUUUCCUUUCUCGUAUAUAGACUCCACUUAAACAGCUGAAGUUGUUGAAUAGAUGGUCAGUGUGGCUGGUUGUCCCUCGCAGCGUGUCCCACAGUAGAUCGUCUUUACACUAGACCUGACCCAUUUGACCCAUCAUGACUGCCUUCCAUGUUCUGUUGAGCAGUGUUUUUUUUUCUGAGGAUGUUCAAUACAAGCACCUCCUUGCAGCUGCAGGGUUUGUAAGACACCAAAUAUCAUUUGGCAGCAGAGUAAUGCAGAUUUGUGGACAGUAAACAGAAACUCAAAGCACAUCCGCAGACUUCCAUUUGUCGUAGAUGGACUCUUUCAUGUUUGCUAACUGGCACACUUCCACAGAGCACUGCACCCUUUUUAAAAAUGACUGUCAUCGAUAAAGGUAAAAUGCUCAAUGCAUCCUGACACUACAAGCAGCAAGACAUUUAAAGCACCAUCAACACUGUAACAACAGAAUGUGUUUCUGUAAAAUGAACAGACUUGCGUCUCAAACUCUGGUUGUGAACUUAACUGUAGACUUUGCCGCCAUCUGUGGUCAAACCUUUAGAAAUGAUAUCUUUAUUGCUAUGGUGAGAAAUGGAUGAUUAUAACAACAAUGUGGAUUAAACACUCGAUGCAAAUCUGAAUCUGUAAUUCCCGUUAU